AUGUCAAAACGCAGUCCAUCUCCCCAAGAAAAGGUCUCACCACUAGACCCCAUCUCAGAAUGGCGGGCCUGGCAAGCCCUAACAGUCUGGUUCACGGUGCGGCUCAACCGCCAACUGCAGCGCCGCUGGAAACUCGAGCAUCAAAUCAUGCAAGACCGACCCGUCUCGCAACGCUUCCGGCCCGUGAUAUUCCUUGAGCCAGUCCCCUCACUACGCCAACCACGGCUGUCCUCAUCAGCCACGAAAAACAGCGCCCGUCUCGAAAAGCUCAAAACAAAAGCCCGUCUCCUCCGCGCACGCGUGGAAAAGGGCAAGGAGCUCGCCUCGGAGAUCGAGCGCCGGAUCCUGGAUCCGCGAGUUAAGUUCCCGACGCAUUUCUGUCAUACGUGCGUGCAGGGAGGCGAGGAGACUGAGGUGUUGCUUACCAAGUGCGGACAUAGGGUUUGUCGCACUUGUCUAUCCUUUGGCGUGGAUGCGAAUGAGGUCUAUGAGUGCAGUAUUUGCUUUGCGCCGGCGGAGUUAGUGACUCGCUCGCCACUUUCGACGCAAAGGUCGUGCAGUGAGCACAUCUCUAGCCUGUCGAUGAAGUUGCUUCCUGAGAGCAAGCGAGCGGUGUCUUGGGGGACGCCGCUUGUUAAGCCUUGA